AUGUGGGACAGGCUCAAGAUCGUGCCCCAGAGCUCAGGGCGACAAACGGGCCAUCCACUCGACGGCGGUGGUGAGAUGCGCGUGGGUUUGGGCAUAGGCUACGGUGGUUUCCAGAGUGCGCCGCCAAAGGGAUACAGCUACUCCAUCAAGGGCGGUCCGGCACCUCAACGGCCCCCUCGCGAGUUUUUCGAGUCGAGAUACUUACAACCUGGAUGGAACCCCUCCAUCACCUCGCCUGUGCACCCCCAGGAAACUGCGACCUGGAGCAUCCCAGACACACGCGUGGCCGCAGCGAGCGAAACUGCGCCCGCCGUCAAGGAACCGCCUCGUCGCAAUCCAAACCGCAUCACAGUCCGCACUUCGAAUUUCCGCCCUACAUCCUCUGUUUACUCCGAAGACUCGCCACCCCUGGCUUCCCACUACACCGCAAACGUGGCGACCAAAUACAGCUAUCGGUACGGCGGGGCCGAUGACAUCUCGCCGCCUAGCUCUCCGGAGCCUGAUGUCGGGCACGUCGAUCGCUUCCUCCCGGGCGAUGUCUCCCCGAUAGACGAGGACGACGGACCGGCAUACCGGCAUACGGGCCACCCGAAUACCGAGAUUCCGAGAAACGAUCGAUCGGGCGGGCCGUAUGCUGCUGCGGAGCCACGCCAGGGGACCCAGAGCCCUCCGCAAAACCGCGCGAUAACCAGCAUCCCCAUGAUGCGCAGGGAGCGUAGGAGACAGUCAGACGCCGCGACGCGCGACAUGCACCCUAGCCAGCGCGGCCCGGCGCCGCAGCAGUCCCGGAAUCCACACCCCCGGGACGCCCCCCGAUGGGACCCACUCACCGGAGAGCAGACGAGCAGCUCCCGUAGCCGGCCGUCGCAAGCCAACCCGGCCGAGUUCAACCAAGACAUGGGAAUCACGGAGCAAGGGUGGGCGGAGCCGCAGAAUGGCACCUCGGCGGCGCAGCCCUCCUUUGGUGAUCGCGUGAGGAGGAUAGCCAAGAAAGCCGCGGCUGCGAGGGAGGGUAACACGGACCCCGCUGCCGGCGCAUUUACUUCAACGCGUCCCGGCUGGCGCGGGGCAAGUGGGCGGUCCGCCAUCGUUGCACCCGUGCAUGAUACGCGUGAAGUGGCCCCCCUGAGGAUUCCCGAAAAAAGCAGUAGGAGAAACAUCCCACCUGCGGCUGCGCCGAGGUCGAACAACACCCCAGAUGGUGCGGUCCGCCGUGGCCAGACCCCGCCUAUCAGCCCUCCGCCAUCUGAAACACCGACCAGGUCUGCCCCGCGAGAGGCCAUGAGGGGACUUCUGCCCUCCUCCCAACCCCCGGCUGCCACACAGACACCGUCCCAGACAGGUCAGAGGUACCCAAGCCCCCCUCUGUCAGGGAACCGGGUCACGGCAGAUGCCCCCGCUGUCGUCGCUGCGCGGGAACUCGUGCGGGAUGGUGGUCAUUACGCCCAACCUAGCCCGGUAUUUCACUCGCCCGAGCCGGCCAACCAACUGCGCCGGAAACCGCCGCCGGUGCACACCAACGCGCACCACCAACACCAGGUGUCUGUCUCGUCUGUCUACUCCCAGCAGACCGAACCACUACACCAUUCACCCCGGCCGAUAGCAGACACGUCGCCGCCGGCAGAGGAACCCUACGUUCAGCCCCCCUCCCGCUUCAGCAUCACCACCUACGCGACCAGCAACACGGGCACCACGCGCGACGACCUCGACGACCACCUCGACAACGACCAGCCCCCCGUCCCCUCUCUCCCAGCGGACUACCAGCAACACUACAUGGGCGGCCGCCCCUCCUCCGACCACAGCCCCGUGACCUCCCCCAUCGACCAGUUCAUGACCUCCCCCUUCUCCGCCCCGCCCCCGGUCUCCCGGACGCCCUCCACGGACCCGGAACAACAACCAUACGCCAUGUCGGCCGCUUACAACCCAGCCCUGGCACGGGCCCUCGCCAUCGACCGCCCCUCCUCCCGCGCCUCCGACAUCAACAAGACCCUGCCGCCCGCCCCGCCGGAAGCGUCCGCCGACCAGGCGCAAGACCGCGUCGGCCUGCUGAACGCGCAGCUCCGAGCGCUCGCCAACCGGCGCAUCAACAUCAACCGGUCGAUCCAGCAGAUGACGGAGCUGAUGCCGACCGACAAGCUGAUGAACUCGGCCGAGGUCGUGCGCAAGCGCGAGUCCGAGAAGAGGAAGGUCGAGGGCCUCCGCCAGGAGCUCGCCGACGUCCAGCGCGAGGAGUACGAGCUGGGCCUGAAGCUGCACCGCGCGUAUAAGCGCCAGGAUCGCGAUGCGGAUUGGGAGCCGACUACGCUUUGGGUGAGGCGCGUUACGGGGUAGAUGUUUCCCGGGAGAAGCGAGAGGGAGG